CCGAAAGCCAAGCACAACAGAAACAUGGAGAGCGUGAACACUUCUCCCCACUCUUCCGACCAUGAAGGCGGCGGCGGCGGCGGCGCGCACGUCCUCCUGGUGCCGCUGCCGGCGCAGGGCCACAUGAACCCGAUGCUGCAAUUCGGCCGCCGCCUCGCGUACCACGGCCUCCGCCCGACCCUCGCCGCCACGCGCUACGUGCUCUCCACAGGCCCACCCCCGGGCGCUCCCUUCCGCGUGGCCGCCUUCUCCGACGGCUUCGACGCCGGCGGCAUGGCCUCCUGCGCCGACCCCGUCGAGUACUGCCGGAAGUUCGAGGCCGUGGGGUCAUCCACCCUGGCGCAGGCCAUCGAGUCCGAGACCGCGGCGGGGCGAGCCCCCACCGUGCUCGUUUACGACCCGCACAUGGCCUGGGUGCCCCGCGUAGCGCGCGCCGCCGGCGUGCCCGUCGCCGCCUUCAUGUCGCAGUCCUGCGCCGUGGACCUGGUCUACGGGGAGGCCUGGGCCGGGCGGGCCCCGCUGCCGAUGGCCGACGGGAGCGCCCUGAAGCGGCGCGGGAUCGUCAGCAUUGACCUCGCCGCGGAGGACUUGUCGCCGUUCGUCGUCUCGCCGGAGAUCUACCCCAAGUACCUCGACGUGUCGAUCCGGCAGUUCGAGGCUCUCGAUGAUGCCGAUGACGUCUUCGUCAACUCCUUCCGCGAUCUGGAACCACUGGAAGCAGAGUACAUGGAGAAGAGAUGGCGCGCCAAGACGGUCGGCCCGACGCUGCCGUCCUUCUUCCUCGGCGACGACCGCCUGCCGUCCAACAAGGCCUACGGCGUCAACUUCUUCAGCGCCACGGCGCCGUGCAUGGCAUGGCUGGACAGGCAGCCCGCUCGCUCAGUCGUCCUCGCAUCCUACGGGACCGUCUACAACCUUGAGUCCAUGGAGCUUGAUGAGCUUGGAAAUGGACUGUGCGACUCCGGCAAGCCAUUUCUCUGGGUUGUCAGGUCCAGCGAGGCAGAAAAGCUAUCUGAACAACUCCUUGGCAGAUGCAAGGAGAAGGGACUAAUUGUGCCUUGGUGUCCUCAGCUUGACGUCCUGGCUCAUAAUGCCAUAGGUUGUUUCUUGACGCACUGUGGAUGGAACUCGACGACGGAAGCAAUCGUUGCCGGCGUGCCGAUGGUGGCAAUGCCACGGUCAGCCGACCAGCCAACCACAGCAAAGUACGUGGAGAGCGCAUGGGGGAUCGGCGUGCGGGUGCGCGCUGACGAGAAAGGCUUGGUGAAGAGGGCCGAGGUGGAAGGGUGCAUCAAGAAAGUGAUGGACGGGGAGAUGAAAGAUGAGUUCCGUGGAAACGCGGCUGAGUGGAUGAGGAAGGCCAAGGAGGCAAUGCAGGAGGGAGGAAGCUCUGACAAGAACAUUGCUGAAUUUGCAGCCAAGUAUUUGGAGAGGUAGACUAGUUCAGGUCAAAUUAUGAGAGCUUAAUUAAUUAGCUGGUGACCACAAUUGGAGAUCAUCCCGCAGGUGAUCACCAGUCACCACUACAUCUACAUACAUGUAAAAUUCCAAAUGUUAUAAAUUUGUAAUAGUGCAUUUCGAAUUAUUAAUUGCUUAUAAAUC